AUGGAGUCGUCAAUUAUUGUCGCUGUUAGGAUAAGGCCUUUAACGAAACUAGAGGCCUUAAACAACCUACAGUGCCUUGUUCGGAUUCCUAAACCAGGUGUUGUCCGUGUGUUCGAACCCAAUGUUAAGAAUAACAGUGUUCGUGAGUUUCAAUUCGACCACACAUUUUGGUCACUUAACGAUGGAUCAAGUCUUGUGCCACAUGCAAGUCAGGAAUUUGUGUACCGAACACUUGGGCUUCCACUGUUAUUAAGAGCUUUGGAUGGUUACAAUGCAUGCCUUUUCGCAUAUGGAAUGACUUCUUCUGGGAAAACAUAUAGUAUAACUGGACCUCCUGAUGAUCCAGGAAUAAUCCGGAGGAUUUCAAAAGACAUGUUCGAGGAAAUUGGAAGAAGAACGGAAUCCACUACAAGUUUUUCUGUUAAAAUGAGUUAUUAUGAGAUAUAUAAUGAACGAAUACGUGACCUCCUCUCGUCGAACUUUACUAGAAACGGGCUUGUAGUUCGUGAACACCCAGUAACUGGCCCAUAUAUCGAUGGUUUGUUAUGUGAAGAGGUUUGUUCUGAAUCGGAUAUCAUAAAACGACUUGAUUUUGGGAAUCGUUUACGUGCUGUGGCUGCCACGCCUCUGAACGAAAACAGCAGUCGCUCACACACCGUACUCGUAUUAUCACUGACGAAGCGUUCAACUACUAAAUGUCUUUUAGGAGAUAUUGAAAACGUUUUUAAUAGUCACAUAACCAUUGUUGAUCUCGCUGGAAGUGAACGUCAAACAUCUACAUCUACUUUGAGUGGACGUUUUAUUGAAAGUUGUCAAAUCAACAAGUCGUUGUUUACUCUCGGGAAAGUAAUCACUCAACUUUCCCAGAAUAUCACUUACAAGAGAAGGGCAUUUCCAUCCCCUGAACCACGUUCAGUUGUUCAGGAUACUUGUCCACUGCUUUCAGUAACACCAUGCCGAUUGGUCAAUAAACGACGGGAUUUUGUUUCUUAUCGCGAUUCUUUGCUAACCUGGUUACUGAAGGAUAGUUUAGGAGGCAAUGCAGUCACAGUAAUGCUGGCAACUGUCAGCCCCUGUCAAACUCAUUACGACGAAACAUUAAGCACUUUACGUUAUGCCAAAAAGGCGUCAUGUAUUGUCAAUUCAGCGAUGGUCAAUGAAGAUCCGAAAAGUCGAUUGAUUCGUGAAUUAAUGUCCGAAUUACGUAUCUUACGACAAAAAGCAUCUUCAAUUAUGUUUGAAUCCGGAACUUGUCAGGCUUAUGAGGCAGCGAAGCUUAGAGAAUUAAUUUCCAUUCGUGAAGAUGGUGUCCUACAAUUGCGAAGGAAGUUAACUGAUCGUCGCUCGUCCACUGGGCACCGGUCUAUCCGAGCUGUUACAUCUGAAUUAUGUAAAUCAACACAAACGUCAGAAGUUUAUCAAAAUGAAGCAGAUACCGGGUCAAGAACACUCCGAAGAGCACUUUCUACGCUUAAUUGUACAAAUACUAGUAGUCCGUUACGUAUUCAUGGGGAUAAAGUGAACUUCGAAGACAUAGAAAAACCGUACGUACAAACUGCCUUACCUAGUUCUUCUGAAGUUUCUACUUCUGUUGGCCAUUCUUUACUGUGUAGUCCUAUGACUCAUUACCAACUUGUUGACCAGAUUGCCAAUUUGAAUUGUACAUUACAAUCUGUACAAGAGUCGGAACUCAAUCAAAAGGUCAUCAUAUUGCAAGAAAAGUUACUAGCGCAAACUCGGUUACUUGAUAAUUUCAGACAGGCCUUUGACAAGUUGAACCGAGAAUACCAAGCUAUAUUGCAAUUGUUUCCUCAUUUGUUGAAGAAAGUUGCACACAUGACCCUACCCGACAGUGAACUCGACGAUAAAACAAGCCACUUAAAUACAGAGCUACGUUCGACCUUUCCCUUUACGGAUACUUCAGCUAACCAACUAAGACAUACCGUUUCUACCUAUGUACCAGGAAAACCCAGGUGUGACGCAUCUCAACUUAGAUGA